CUCUCUGAGUCACAUUCAGGAGUCUCCCAUAAGGACAUAUGAUCCCAUGAGUCUGGAGACAGGGAGAGAUUUGCUUGGAAAUCAGCAGAGCCGGUUAAUCUAUAACUAGGUGCAUGAGACGAUGAAAUCAGCCUGUUCUGCAGAGAUGUGGGAAACGACAUGUGCCACGAUACUGUCUUCGGUUGUGCUAAAUAUAAAGCUCAGACCAAGAUGAUGAUGUGCAGGAAGAGUUUCCCACGGAGAAGAAAAUGAGCAGGUGUUGCCUUUCCAGGUCGGGCUUUCUCCUAUGCACAUGUGUGUGUGUUUUCAUCUUCCUUCUCCAAAAUCUCUACAGUUCCGACUUCCGGGAAGGUUUCAGCCCUGAGAUAAAGGAGUGUGGGUAUUAUCCAGGGGAGCUCUGCACUGCUCUUUUUAAAAGCAAACCUGCCGCACUGGGGAUAGGAAACUUAUGUCAAGUGGCCCUUCUUCCGUCUCGAGAUCUAGGGUCCAUGCGUUUCCGAACUCCCACCAACUGUUCUGCAAUGAUAAAAGAGUUACACUUUAUAACAAGGCCGCUAUCGGAAGAAGAGGCUGCCUUCCCAUUGGCUUAUAUCCUGACAAUUCACCACAAGCUGGACAUGUUUGUGAAGCUCCUUUCGGCCAUCUACGUGCCACAGAAUAUUUACUAUAUUCAUAUCGAUCAAAAGUCACCGGAGGACUUCAUCCGAGCAGUGCAGGAACUGGCCGGCUGCUUUGACAAUAUCUUUUUACCCUCAAGGCAAGAGAAUGUGGUGUACGCUGGAUUCUCCCGCCUGCAGGCCGAUAUUAACUGCAUGAAAGACUUGAUCCGUUCGGAGAAUAAAUGGAGGUACGUGAUUAACCUCUGUGGACAGGAUUUUCCCAUUAAAACAAACAGGGAAAUUAUAAAGUACCUUAAAACUAGCUGGAGAGGCAGAAAUCUGACACCUGGGGUGGUUCAGCCCCCGCAUAUGAAAUACAGGACGAACGUAAUUUAUAAAGUGUUUCAGGAUCAGGAGAAGUCUUACAUUUAUCCAACAGCGACUCUGAAAUCCAGGCCGCCACAUAACCUCACCUUGUACUUUGGGAGCGCUUACUACGCUCUGACGAGGAACUUUGUGCAAUUUGUACUGUCCGAUCACCGUGCAAAAGAUCUUCUCGAAUGGUCAAGAGAUGCCUACAGCCCAGAUGAGCACUACUGGGUCACUCUUAACCGGCUCAAAGAUGCUCCAGGAUCUACACCGGAGGCACAAUGGGAAGGAAACAUCCGGGCAGUAAAAUGGAAGGAUCAAGAAGGAAGUGUUCAUUCUGGCUGCAAUGGGCACUACGUGCGAGAUAUCUGUAUUUAUGGGCUCGGAGACUUACAGUGGCUGGCAAACUCACCACAGUUAUUUGCCAACAAGUUUGACCCAGACACAUACCCACUCGUCACCGACUGCUUGGAGAGGAGCUACAGGUCAAAGGUCCUCGAGGCAGCGGAAGUGCCCACAGAGCCUCACUGGUACUUCCAGGAUGACUACGUUGCUACGUAAAGGCAGGAUAUCACAUCAUCACUGGGGAAACCUAUCUACAGGUAGAUCCAAUAUAUCUUAUAGGGGGGGCUUCCUAUCCUAGCAGAUGAAUUAGAGCUCACUCAAAUAACUGAUUCC